UGAAUGAAAAAAGAUGCUCCAAUGUGUGAGAAAUUACGGGGUUGCCACUCCUUUACUCCUCAAAACCCCAUCAUCACUCCCAGAUUACCCCUCAGACUCUCGGACACACCAAACGGAUCUCCUGUCAAAGCGGUGCAUUCCCUCUCUUUAAAACAAACACCAAUCGAGAACUCCACCGACUCCUCCACCGUCACUGCUAUUGACAGCUGCAACUCCUCAAUUUCGGGCAAUGACAACCGCUUCGCCGCAGCCAUUGUCCCUCGCAGCUACGCCGGUGAUCCUCAAUUCUCCGGAGAACUCUGCGUUCCGUACGAUGAUAUGGCGUAACUGGAAUGGUUCUCGAACUUCGUUAAGGACUCAUUCUCCGUCGAGGAAGAGUUGAAAACGCUACAACUACUGUCCGACGCCGCUGUGUCCAUUGCCAUUGGCGCAAAACCAUAGACACUAGAGUCGUCGUCGUCCACCAACACGUUGUCGUCCUUCCGACAAAACCGCUCGAAAUGCAUCGUUACAACAAAUGUCGACUUCUGUUUUACCUUCAAUGGCAUGUUGACAUUUGCUCACGGAUACUUACAUCCAUUUAUGAUAAAAGUUGAAUAAUAUUAACUUUAAAAUUAAAUUUUAUUCGAGGGCAAAAUAGGAAUGGAGAGUUAUUAGAAACAACCUGUAUGGUGUAAGGAGCAACUGCCCACAACACAAACACUCCAACUAACCCAAUACAUUCCAACUUUAUAUUAUUA